AUGCCUCAAUCCUCAGAUCACUUCUUCUUAGCAAAAGCUUAUAAAGAAUCUUCGACUAUGCGUUCUAACAGACUGUUUGGUAUCAACCUCAGAAAACCAAGACCUCAGAACCCACGCCCUAAUCCUAAUCCAGAACCUUCGCCUACUCCAUCGCCUACUCCAUCUCUUCCAGAAACAAAAUCUGACUAUAUGCUCAAUAACCACCCGCUUUUGUCUGCUUUCCUAUGA